AUGGCUUCGCAGCCGAUAAGCAAAGAACUUUCUAGUUUCCAAAGCUUCGGUAAGAUAGUUGUCAUCAUAUCGGUGGCUGGAGCAUUUCGUAAAGGAAAAUCGUUUUUGUUGAAUUUUUUUCUCGAAUAUCUCUAUAGCUUGCAGAAGUCUCAGCAGACUGAGACAACAUUAGAAUGGUUGACUGAUGAUUGUCAACUGCAUGGAUUUCAUUGGAGAGCUGGAGCAAAACGAGAUACAUUAGGUAUAUGGGUUUGGGGAGAGCCGAUCAUGAUAGAAGGAGCUAAUGGUGAAAGCUUUGCUGUAUUACUGAUGGACACACAAGGGACGUUCGACAACAACUCGACCUAUCAACAGUGCAUGACCGUUUUUGCUUUAUCGACCAUAUUAAGUAGUUUACAAAUAUAUAAUGUUGUUGACAACAUUCAAGAAGAUUCUUUACAACAUUUGUCCUUGUUUGUAGAAUACGGAAGGUUGGCAAUGAACGAAGUCAGUCAGUUCGGAAAACCUUUUCAGACAUUGGUUUUUUGUGUCAGAGAUUUCAAAAAUCCUGAUGAGUUUGGAUACGGCUCAGCAGGCGGCUCGGAAUUCCUUGCAAAUGUUUUGACGACAACAGAAGAGCAAGCAGAUGAAUUGCGUAGUGUUAGAGAACAAUUAGCAGAGUGUUUUGAAGAAACACUAUGUUACUUACUUCCUCAUCCAGGGCAUCGAGUGGCUGAACGGCAAUCAUUCCGUGGCCACGUCAAAGAUCUCCGUCCAAUAUUUCGAGAGGAAUUGAAGAAGAUGGUGCCAUCAUUACUGAAUCCUCAAAAUUUGAAAGCGAAAAUCAUAAAUGGUAAACCAGUUACGUGCAGAAAGAUGAUGCAAUACUUUCGAGAAUAUGUAAAAUCAUUUGAUGGGGAGACGUUACCAGCCCCUCAAUCUAUUCUGAAUGCCAACGCCAAGCUUAUAUGUAUGGAUGGGGCUCAUGAAGCAAAGCUGGCUUACUGUAGAGGAAUGGAUAAAUCAACUGCUGUUACUCGAAUGAUACCAGAGAAACGGCUGUUGCGACUUCAUAUUCAACAUGGAAUUACAGCUUUAAAUAUUUAUGAUAAGUGUCCUAAAUUAGGAGAAGCAUCUAUACGACGAGAACUCCUAGAGCGAUUACAAGAAGAAAUUAAUGCUGAACUAGAGCGCUACAAGCGUUUGAAUGAAGCUAAACGGGUAACAGGCUGCGCAUCUGCUAUGACGGCUUGCGGAGAUAGUGUUCUAUUGGGUUUAGGAUUAGGUGGAGCAGCAGGCGGAGCCAUAGCCGCAUCAGUUUUCACAUUGCAAACUGGUCUGGUCAGUUUAGGGAUAGUAGCUAUACCGAUAUCAUUAGGUACAUUAUUUGUUAUUUGGACGUAUGUGUGGAUAAAGCCACAUGUGGAAAGAUGUUUCACCAAACAAGAAACGCCUUAA